GGAGGCGCUCCAUUCCCAUGUCACCUGGAGAAAAACUAGACCCACUUCCUGACCCUUUCAUCCUGCAGCCGCCCAUCUUCCACCCGGAAUUCUGCAUAGCUUCUGUGCGGGGAGAGGUGAGCCUGGGAAGGUAGGCUGGGCGGUUGUUGGGUAUCUCUGCUGGUAUCCAUAUCAGGGUCCCAACUUGUCCAGCCUUCUGCCUGCUGCCCGUCUCCCCUGCCCCCCCUGCCCCCCGUUCCUGGGCUUGAGCCAGUAAACAGCCUCAGGACCUCGAUGCCGGGUGCUGGAGGUCAGGGCAAGUCUCACUGAGGACCCUUCUGUGCCCAGGGAGCUGGGAAGAGGGGCAGGGCUCUGCCACCAUAGGUGCAAGGGGGGAUGCUCCAAGGGGGGGAUGGAGCUGAACUUGGCUUCCCUAGGGCAACGCGGCUUUGACAUGUGAGGAUCCAGGAAAGAGGAAAAGGUGGAAGAGAACCCUAAUUUUUCCCCCAUAAGGACAUUUUCUGUUGGGGGCAGGAGAAUGGAGUUUUCUUGUUCUUCUCUCCCCCACCCUCUGCCCACCUGAUGUGGGGAUCCCUCAUAAGACCCAUUCCCCAGCCCCAUAUGGCAAGCUCUCCCCCCUUGUUCAGGUGGUUCCUUAUGUCGCGACAAUUUUCGGUGGCCUGCGUGCGGGCAAGAUGGUCAUGCUACAGGGAGUGGUCCCUCUAGAGGCACGCAGGUUCCAGGUAGACUUCCAGUGCGGCUGCAGCGUGCACCCCCGGCCGGAUAUCGCCGUCCACUUCAACCCUCGCUUCCACACCACCAAGCCCCACGUCAUCUGCAACACCCUGCACUCGGGGCGCUGGGAGGCCGAGGCCCGGUGGCCCCGCGUGCCCCUGCAGAGAGGAGCCCCUUUCCGCCUCCUCUUUCUCUUUGGAAACGAGGAAAUGAAGGUAAGUGUGAAUGGACAACACUUUCUCCACUACCGCUACCGGCUCCCGCUGUCUCGUGUAGACACCCUGGGCAUAUUUGGUGACAUCCUGGUGGAGGCUAUUGGAUUCCUGAACAUCAGCCCAUUUGCGGAGGGCGGCAGCGAGUACCCAGUUGGAUACCCUCUCCUGCUGAAGAGCCCCAGCCUGGUGAGUAACCUCCCUCCUGGGUCACCUUGUGGAGGUGUCGUCCCGAGGAAGCACGCCCCCCCCCAGCUUCACACUGAGCCUGCGGGACGAGGCUGCUCACGUGCCCGUGAUGCUCCGGGCUUCCUUCACAGACAGAACUCUGGCCUGGAUCUCGCGCUGGGGGUGCAAGAAGCUGAUCUCAGCCCCCUUCCUCUUCUAUCCACAGCGAUUCUUCGAGGUGCUGCUCCUGUGCCAGGAGGGAGGGCUGAAGCUGGCGCUCAACGGGCAGGGCCUGGGCGCCACCAGCCUCCAGCGGCAGAGCCUGGAGCGACUGCGGGAGGUCCGGGUCAGUGGCAGUGUCCGGCUCUACUGCGUCCACUGCUGAGGAGUGAACCGGGGACCCCGCCAGGGAAGGGGAGGGCCAGGCCCGGCACCCCUUGCUGUAGCUCCGCUCUCCACCCUUCCUUGAACCGUGUGCCUGUCACCACCACCAGAGUCUGCAGGGGCUUUGGGUCCCACAGCAGAGGGAAGGCUCCUACAACUCGGGGCCCCCUCCCCCAGGAGCCUGGGCCUUGGUUCUCUCCUCCUGCAGGCCCUAGACAGGGGGGAGUGGGAGCAGCCUCAUAAGGACACUCAAAGGUACAGUGGCUAAGGGGCACCCGGGUGGCUCCGUCAGUGAAGCAUCCAACUCUUGAUUUCAGUUCAGGUCAGGAUCUCAAGGU